GACGACCGCCAUUACUGAAGUCAGGCUUCAGUCACAAAGUCUAAUGAUGGACCCCCGUACCAGUGCCCAGGACGUGAUGCGAUGUGACCUGUGUGAGACCACUGUGGCACAGAUGCACUGUGAUACAUGUCUUGUCAACCUAUGUACAACUUGUGUAGGAAAACACAUGAUAUCUGAUGAAUCCAAGGAUCACAAAGUUGUUAAAUUUCUGGCCAGGAAAUCCACUCCCCUCUACCCUGGUUGUAAAUUCCAUGAUAAAGAACGAUGUAAAAUGUACUGUAAUCAAUGUGACAUUCCUGUCUGCCAUAAGUGCAUUGGAUCUGAUCAACAUCUAGGUCAUAAGGUGUCAGAAAUAUUGAAAGUUGUGGAUGAAAGAAAGAAUAAAUUCAUGAAAGAACAGACUGAUUUAAAUGAGACAAUUUAUCCCACCCACCAGGACAUUGUCUCUGAUGUACAAAACAGAAUGAGUCAGUUAGAAAAGGAAUAUGAAGAUCUCUCAACAGCCAUAACAAAACAUGGAGAGAACUGGCACAGAGAAAUUGACAAACUUGUCAAGAAACUUAAAGCUGAAGUUGAUGUCAUGAAAAACACACAGUUACAAACUCUACAGAAACAUCUGGAUGAAAUAAACAAGAAGAUUUCUGACAUCAAGGAUGAAAUCGAUUCAUUGGAAAAUGCAACAGCCACCAAUGACAUGUCAAAAUUAUUUAGUGUAACAAUUAAAAUACAAAAAUACAGAAAUCUUCCACACAAAAUCAUUCCAUCUUUACCUAAAUUCAGUCCAGGAAAUGUUCAAGAAGAAAAACUUAGUAAACUGUUUGGAACCUUAUCAUCAAGUUCUUUAACAUCGAAGAAACAUGGCUUCAGCAUGAAGACAACACAGAAAUCACCAGAAGCUGGAUCCUCUCCUCCAGUCAAACAGUUGCUUAAUUUAUGA